AUGCAAUUGCAGGGCGAGUUGCAAGGCAAGGCGCAACAACCUAAACUAUAUAAGGGUCCGAUCCACGGCGUCACCGUCAUUGUUCGAAAUGAGGGUCUCAGAGGAAUCUACCGCGGUAUCGGGGCUGCCUACAUAUACCAAGUCCUACUUAACGGCUGCCGUCUCGGUUUUUACGAGCCCCUCCGUGCUACGGCGACGAAAGUUGUCUACGGCGACUCUACCGUGCAGUCCCUCGGGGUCAAUGUCUUCUCCGGCGCAUCCUCCGGUAUCCUUGGCGCCGCGGCGGGAAGCCCGUUUUUCCUUAUCAAGACGAGAUUGCAGAGCUUCUCGCCAAUGCGGCCGGUCGGCACGCAACAUAAAUAUAAGAAUGCGCUUGAUGGGUUCAAGAGCAUCUAUGGCACCGAGGGGCUGAAGGGCUUAUACCGCGGUGUGGGCGCUGCGAUGGUGAGGACGGGCUUUGGCAGCUCCGUGCAGCUGCCAACAUACUUCUUCGUGAAGAGGAGGUUAGUGAAACAUUUUGGCAUGGAAGAGGGGCCGGCGCUGCACCUCGCGAGUAGCACAACGAGUGGGUUCGUCGUAUGCUGUGUAAUGCAUCCACCAGAUACUAUCAUGUCCCGAAUGUACAACCAGAACGGAAACCUCUACAAGGGCGUCUACGACUGUCUCUCGAAGACUGUGCGCACUGAGGGUUUCCUUGCCAUCUAUAAGGGUUACCUGCCGCACUUGGCGCGGAUUCUCCCACAUACAAUCUUAACCUUAUCUUUCGCCGAGCAGACGAAUAAGUGGAUGACGAAACUAGAGAAGAAGAUAUUGCCAGCUGGUGCGAUAUGA